AUGCUUGUCGCUUCCAAUGCAAAUGUGAUCCAGACCAAACUGCAACUUGGGAAAGAGAAGGAAGAUACAGGCAAACCAGAACAAGCUGAAGCAGUUUUCAUCAGUAUACACUUCAAUUUGGAGCCAAAAAGCCGCUUUGAACUCGAACCUAUGUUUUGGUUCCAAUGUGCUCCUUUUCAAAGGUCUCAGCAUCCCCAUGCUACCUCCUGCCGGCACUUCCACCUGGGUCCCCAGCCUCAGCUCUCCGCCGACUUCACCCUGCCUCACGCGGUGCAGCCCCAGCCGGGGCUGACCCCCCACAUGGCCCCCGCGCACCAGCACAGCGGCCCCUUGCACCAGCCCCUGGCACCAGUGCCAGCCCUGCCCUUCCAGGACGUGGCCGGUCCCUCCUUCCUACCUCAGGCGCUUCACCAGCAAUACCUCCUCCAGCAGCAGCUCCUCGAGGCACAGCACCGCCGGCUCAUGCCCCAUCCCAGGCGGGCUCAAGAGCGCAUGUCUGUUCAGCCUCACCGUCUACACCCCAGCUUUGACUUCAGCCACCAACUGCAAACACCACAACCCAUGGGGCCCCAGCCCAGGUAUUUAGCUGAAGGCACAGACUGGGACCUCAGUGUCGAUGCAGGACUGACUCACACCCAGUUCCAGGUCCGGGCGGUCCCUCAGCCCUAUCAGCAUUACUUAGCUACACCUCGGAUGCACCACUUCCCCAGAAGCACAUCCUCGACACAGAUGGUUGUUCAUGAAAUCAGAAAUUACCCUUAUCCUCAGCUUCAGUUGCUUGCUCUUCAGGGACUGAACCCAAGCAGGCACACGUCCGCUGUGCGGGAGAGCUAUGAAGAGCUGCUGCAGCUGGAGGACAGGCUGGGCAGCGUGAGCCGGGGCGCCGUACAGAACACCAUCGAGAGGUUCACCUUCCCCCACAAGUACAAGAAGAGAAGACCACAGGAGGGCAAGGCUGAGCAAGAAGAUGGAGAGGAGUCAGACACUGAUGAGAAAUGCACAAUCUGUCUGUCCAUGCUUGAAGAUGGAGAAGACGUCAGGCGGUUGCCCUGUAUGCAUCUCUUCCACCAAGUGUGCGUGGACCAGUGGCUGGCCACCAGCAAGAAGUGCCCGAUCUGCAGGGUGGACAUUGAAACACAGCUCGGCUCGGACAGCUGAAAGGACUGGCUGGACACACCAUUUUCCUUACCAGGUCGUAUGGCCAUAAACCCUUGCAGCAAAAUUUUUGCCUUCUGAGCCAUUUGAUUGAGAGGAAAAGUCUGCAGGCACGUUAGUGAGGAGGAGGAGGAGGCGGUACAAUAUCUAGCAGUAGGAGAUAUUGCACAGACGCAGGAUACGGGCCCGGUGAAAGGGAGCUGGCAUUCCCGGAGCUCAGAGACCCCGUGCUGCAGAAGAUUUAGUGUUGAACAUGAAGGAACUAGUUGUGGUAGUCUGGCCUGUCAAUCCUGCAUUUCAUGAGGAUUGUAUAUAUACCUCUCGAAUACGUAGACACAUGUUAGGGGUCCUUUAGCUAUUUCUAUGGAUGGCAGCUGGAGCAUGUUAGCUUAAGAAAUGUUGUGUUUGAUGCCCUACUCAUCUUGUGGUGGACAUGUUGCUGUUACCUAAUUUGCACCAAAUAUUUUUUCAUAGAUUCCUUAUUUUGGUGCCUGAUUAAUACAUUGAAGAGGGGGAAUAAAGAGGUCAAGCUUUCCCACCCUUGGGGGGGAAGAGGCGAAAAAGCAAAAU